CAUCAAAUCAAGUCAAACGAUUCCCCAUAAAUCGAUCUACAUUUUGAUAACAAGUUGUGAAUUGCCCUGCGAAUUUCGAAGGAAGGAGAAGGAAGAAGAAGAUGUUCGGGAGGGCGCCGAAGAAAAGCGACAACACGAGGUAUUAUGAGAUACUUGGAGUCUCUAAAACCGCUAGCCAAGAAGAUCUCAAAAAGGCGUACCGUAAAGCCGCCAUAAAAAAUCAUCCCGAUAAGGGCGGCGAUCCGGAGAAGUUCAAGGAGCUAGCUCAAGCUUAUGAGGUGUUGAGUGAUCCUGAGAAACGUGAGAUCUAUGAUCAGUACGGUGAAGAUGCACUCAAGGAAGGAAUGGGAGGUGGAGCUGGAGGUGGAAUGAAUGAUCCGUUCAAUAUCUUCCAGUCCUUCUUUGGUGGAGGUGGUGGUGGUGGAAGCAACGGAGGCAGAAGACAGAGAAGGGGUGAAGAUGUGGUUCAUCCUCUGAAAGUUUCUCUUGAAGAUCUGUACAACGGGACAACCAAGAAGCUUUCUUUAUCACGUAAUAUCAUUUGCUCAAAGUGUAAUGGCAAAGGUUCAAAAUCAGGAGCUUCAAUGGAGUGCUCUGGUUGUCAAGGAUCUGGAAUGAAGGUCACAAUCAGACAGCUUGGACCUUCAAUGGUUCAGCAAAUGCAACAGCCUUGCAAUGAAUGCAAAGGAACUGGGGAGUUGAUUAGUGACGAAGAUCGCUGUCCUCAAUGUAAAGGGGAAAAGGUUGUUCCAGAGAAGAAGGUCCUGGAGGUUAUUGUCGAGAUAGGCAUGAAGAAUGGACAGAAGAUCACCUUCCCUGGAGAAGCAGACCAAUUGCCCGAUACAGUUACAGGGGAUAUAGUAUUCAUCGUUCAGCAGAAAGAACAUCCAAAAUUCAAGAGAAAGGGAGAUGAUCUGUUUUUCGAGCAUUCACUGUCGCUCACUGAAGCCUUGUGUGGUUUCCGGUUUGUAUUGACUCACCUUGAUGGACGACAGCUCUUGAUAAAAUCACAACCCGGCGAGGUUGUUAAGCAUGAUUCUUUCAAGGGGAUAAACGAUGAGGGUAUGCCAAUGUACAAGAGACCAUUUAUGAAGGGAAAGCUGUAUAUACAUUUUAAUGUAGAGUUUCCAGAUAGUUUAAGCCAGGAGCAAGUGAAGGCAUUGGAAGCCAUCUUGCCGGCUAAGCCAUCAAUGGAAUUGAGUGAUAUGGAAUUGGAUGAAAUCGAGGAAACUACUUUACAUGAUGUUAAUAUUGAAGAAGAGAUGCGAAGGAAGCAGGCUCAGGCUAGGGAGGCUUAUGAAGAAGAAGAUGAUGAAGAUAUGAAUGGUGGUGCUGGUGCACAAAGGGUGCAAUGUGCUCAGCAGUGAUCUAUAUAUGUCAAAUUAAUAAUUGAAAAAAGGGUGUGGCAAAUGUUUACCUUGUCUGUUCUAUGUAAUCUAUUAUUAUUAUUUUGAAUGAAUCUUAAUUUGGGUAUGAUGAAAUUCUCCUAUCCAUCAUCUCAA